ACCGGCAUAUGUACCGGUUUUGUUACUGGAACGGUACGUACCGGAUACCGGAACUUUUCGCGUACCGUUUCGGAUUUAUCGUUAUAAAAAAAAUUUAUGAAAAAUUUUGAGGAGAAGUUGAAAAAAAACAAGAAAAGGACUCAAUUGAAAAAAUUAAAAAGCUGAGGAUGAAAUUUACUAAAAUAAACUCAUAAGCCCAGCCCAAUAUUGAAGUUUUUUUGGAUACAUUCAUGGAGUUUGUUAAGAUGGGAGAUGGGGGAAGGUUUAACACCUCUAUUUACCAAAAAUUACUACAUAGUACUCACGAAGCUUUGUAUUUACAAUAUGCAUUACAUUAUGUUGCACAUUCCCCUUCUAGAAGGCCUUGAUGAAAAUGCUCAACUUGAGAUGUGGCGUGGAUCAGAUUUUAAGUUAAAGAGGGAAACGAUGAUAUGGAGGAUGCUGAGCUCCCAACAGCUAGUAAACAAUACAAGAUUGCCAAUUAUGUUAACAAUGUCCUAUCUGCAGCCACCAUUGCGAAGAGGAUGAAAUUGAAAUUUACCAAAGCAUGGAUCAAAUUUCUUAGACUACCGCUUUGUAAUAUCCCAAAUUUUCAAGAAUUUCAUCAUUUAAGUUAAGGACUUGAUUGUGAGAAAAUAUUGUUUUGGGCUUAAUAGCAAAAUGUCCAAACUUGAGGGACUUAAAGAGGGAAGAUUUUGGAUAAGGAUCGGUUGGCAUUUUUUUCCUUCUUUUUUCUUCCUCACCCGCGCAUCUGCUCAUUCUUCUUCUUCCCGACAGCCCCCAAGCCCCCCAGCCACCGACUCCCUUUCCCUUGGGAAAAACCGAAAUUCGGAUCUGCUCUGCUUUGCUCUGUCCUUCCGUCGGUUGCUCUUGCUUAGGGGUAUGAAUUUCUCUGAUUUUUACGCCCGUGAGUCCCUUGCACUUCCCGCCGGCUCCUCCCCAAACUGCAGUCCGAUUUUUGCUGGGAAAUUCUGGUUCCGGAUCAUUUUGUCAGUUUAGCACCGAGAUCGAGUUUUCGGUUUUAUGUGAUUUGAGGUAAGUAAAUUUAUGGUAAUGUCCGUACAGUUUUUAAAAGCAUGUUUUGACUUAUUUUUGAAGUGGUGGUGGGACUAAACCCGUUUUAUACAAAGUAUGACUGAUUUGAAGUAAAAUUUUUAUGCUUUUAUUAAAUUGAGCAUGCCUACUUAAAAUUUAAUUGAUUGUCCUGAUGAUUUGGAAGUGAUUGGUGAAUUAUGAUUUUUCUGUUAAUUUCAGCCUAUUUUGUUUCCGAUGUGGUCAUGUUAUUAGUGACCCUGCUAGUGGGGGUUAAACUCUAGCACAUGUCGAGAUGUUAGUGAUAGAGCCGGUUCGUACGAGUGACCCUGUUAGUGGGGAUUAUACACCAACAAAUAGUGUGCCUGCUAGUGGGAGGUUUAUAACACUGGCCAUGACCUAUAGAGAAAACGUUUAUUUUGUUCCCGUACUGUAUUCGUUUUUCGCGAUUACACUUGUUGGCAUGCUAUAAGUUUAAUAAGGGGCACUCCAUAUUUUACUUACUGAGUUUAUCUCAUAGUUUUUCCUUGUCCACCAUUUCAGGAAGCGAAACCGAGGAUGGGGAAACCACGGGAAGUGACGAGUUAAAAGGCUAGCCAUUUCGAGAUUGAUAUAGAUUUUAGAAAUAAAUCAUGCUUUUGUAAGAUAGAUUUUACCUUGAAUUUAUGAGCUCAACAGAUUUUGGUCAUUAGAUCAAUUACUUGGAUUUAAGUCAUUUUGGAUAUAGAAAUAAAUUGAGAUGUUUGAU